GUAACUAAAAACCGACUGGUUCUGAGUACACUGCAUGCUGCGUUUUAUGCUGCCUAAAGGCCACGUUCCAAACAGCACACAUGCGCACUUUAUGUAGCUUAGCUUUACACUAACAAGUGCACCAUUAGUACACUCAGGUUUGUUCACAGAGCGGUUUGGGAGGGCCGUACCACCGUAUGGGUUUUGCCCAGGUGAUCAGACCUGCAGCCAAUCAUGCUUCGAGCUCAGACCGACCGUUCAAACCCAACAGCUCCGGCGGGGACAACACCGGUGUGCGCACGUGCUCAGGUGGUGGGGAAUUGAGGAGGAAGUGAAGAGGUUUGUAUGUACAGUACAGGUGUGUGUGCGCGCGUGUGAGUACAGGUACGUGCUAAAAUGCGUGCUGCACCUGGCCAACGGGAGCGCGUGCUCGCAGUUGUGCGCGCGCUGAAAACAGCAGGGAUCCGAGUGAGGAACUGGAAGAGCUUCAUCCAAACCCAGAGCCAGGCUGAGGAGAAUCUCCAACCCUUUGCUUUUGGACGUGAGCUGCAGUUGCUCCCUCAGCGUCAUGUGACUGAACUGGAUGGCACAGUGCCACUCUUCUUAGUGGAGGCCUGUGAAUAUUUAUCUCAGCAUCUACAUACUGAAGGGCUUUUCAGGAAAACUGGCUCCCUCAGUCGCAUCCGCGCUUUACGGGCAGACCUGGAGCAGGGCGAGCAUAUUUUCUGCCCUCCCCAUGAUGUUUUGCUGCAGGCGUGUGAUGUGGCCUCUGUGCUGAAGCAGUUCUUGCGGGAGCUGGCCCAGCCGCUGAUCCCCGUGGACCUGCAGGGCCCGCUCUGCCAGGCUCAGGCGCUGGAACUCGAACACAACUUUAGAGGGGUGCAAGAUAGAGCUACACUUCUGCUCACAGCACUGCUGCCUCCGGCCCACGCAAGAACGCUACGAUAUUUGUGCAGCUUCCUUAGUCAGGUUGCUCAGAGGUGUGAUGAGAACAGGAUGGAGGUGGGUAAUCUGGCACUGGUGAUGGCCCCUAACCUGCUGCAGUGCCCAACGCAGCCCUGCAGGCUGACCCUAAACACAGAGAAGCAGCUGGACCAACAAACACAAGUCAUUAAAGUACUCAUUUUACAUGCUGACCGCAUAGGAGUUUUGCCGUCUUUUGUACUGGACACACUGGGAUCAGUGGAGGUGAGCGAGUCCACAUCCCCAGCAGAUGGCGCUUUGUUCAGUAGGGGAGCUGGACUCAGUGUGUACAGGAGUCUGAGGAGGCAGAGGAGGAAAAGUGUUGGUGAAAUGUUUGUGGAUGCCUUCUCCAAACUGAAGCCUGGUCGGACGCCCACCGGUCCUCCUAUAAUCUUAGACGCUCCAUUGGAAGAAAGAUUGCCCUCCAACGGUCCGACCUCACAGUCUCCAAACACAGUGAAGCGUAAGGCCUCUGAUGGAUCCCCCUUAGAGGUGGGCGGAUCUGCCACAAAGAGGCGUUCACUGCAUGACCUCCGAGUGGACACUCAAUCAAUCAGCAGCCAUUCUGCAAAUGAAUCCACAGGCAGUCAGAGUCCUCAGGCUAUGAAGAACAGCAAAGAGGAUCUUCAUCCCAAUGUGUCCAAGAGGAAAAGCCAAGUGAGAGCAAAUAGAAAGUCAUAUCGGCCUCCAAAGCAAGAGAACCAGGUUCACUGCAGGAGGAGGUCACUCCGCUUCUUCACAAUGUCGAAUAGUGGCAACAGCAGCCCUAUGCAUGGAACAACUGCUGACGAUCACCAUGAACCCUGCUUGAGUGCUUGUAGAAAACUCCAUGAUGAUAAACCACAAAACUCAGACAGUGAAACUUCACUUAAGAUACCCUUCAUUCUGAUAGAUGGGCCAAAAACAGUUGUUAUUGGAAGUGAAGUAGAUGAUGAUCCUGACCUGCUCAACUGUAGUUUUGUGGAAAACGCAAAUGAUGUUCUGCCCCCUGAGACUCCAAAGACUUUUCCCGAUUUCUCAAGGCAGGGGAGUGAGCAAUCUACUGGGGCUGAAACAGCCCUAGAACCCAGUGAAGUUGAUGCUGAUUUUGAUGACCACUGGGUCUUACUUGAAGAUAAUUCAGAAGUGGUUGUACACUACAAGGUAACACACAGUAACGGCGAAACUGACAUUCAGGCUCAGGCCACCAGUGACGGUGUGAAGUUGAGAGAUGCAGUUCAGAUUGAGGAGAAGGAUGAGCAGCUAACUUUGCAACCCAAGCAAACCAAGAAAAACUCCAAAAAGGGCCCUCGACCCCGCAGGUCUAUCAGCAUGCCCGAGGUGGCUUUGGAAACAUGUUCUGAUGAGAACGUUCAGGUUCAGAAAGUUGACAUGAACACAUCUGCCUUUGAUGAUAUUUGGAUGGGUUCUGCAAACUUGCAUAGCCUCAGCAGCAGCGGAGGAAUAAAGGCAGGCUGCAAAGAGAAGGAGAGGCAAGAACAGAGCGUAAAGAGAAGACAUGGAUCAGUCCUGGACAGAAGAAAAGAUAAAAUGACAGAUUCUGACCCUGGGUUAAAGAGGACGAGACUGUCUGUAGCGAAUCGGCUGAGAAGUUUCAGUGCUCUGGCUGCACUGCUUCGGACUCCGAGAUCUGGUGCCCCUCAGCUCGGUCACCAGAGCGGGACAGUGAGGCUCCGCAGGCAAGGGGCUCGCCGUUUUAGCCGCUCGUUCAGCCACGAUGGCGUUCCUGAGCUGCUGUCUGUAGAAAGCCCUCAGGAAGACCAGCAGGCGUUUGUGGAGCUUAGUGAAUUUUAUGCUGAUUCUCAGGAUCCAGAUUCUCAGACACAUUUGGAUGGAUUCCCUGAUCAAACAGUGCUGGGCACAGUUUUUCAAAGCUCUCCUAAACAGACUUCAGUGGAGGAUCUUACAUUGGUUAGCUCACCACAGAGCACUGAGGAGGAGAAGCAGCUUUUACAGUUCGAAGAGCCUGAGUCUCAGUCUGUGUGUAUAUUGUCCAAAUCAAAGGCUAGGGCUCUCGACCCUGAGUUUGACCUGCAUAAGCUGCUGGAGCAGCAGUGCCACGUAGCAGACCAAGGCCAAGAUCCUAUUGUGCUUUCACCGCUGAGACCCGGUGAACCCCCUGUUGAAAUUUGUUAUGAUCUCUCUCCACCAUCUCAACAGCAAGAGGAGUUUUCAGUCUCUUGCAUGGAGUCUCCUUACUCUUUCUCACAUCAUAAUACAGUGUCUCCACAGUAUAGUAGCUUUGCAGAGCACUACCCUGAUCCAGACUCCACACAUCCGUAUCAUGGUUCACCAUCAGACCACGCCUGCCUUUCUUUAAAUGGAUUGAUUUCUGUCAGCAGCAGUUUGAGUGAGACAUGUUCACUGUCUCUUGAACUUUCCCCUCCUGCCUUUCAGUUCCAGCCGCAGGUCUUAAAGAGGCGCUAUAGAGACUCCCCCCGCUGGCCCUCACAUGAAGUCCGAAUGACCAUGUGGAAGCCAUUGCCCCUCUGAUAUUUUCAUACUUUAAUUGACUUUACUCACUUUACUAAUAUUGGUGCUUAUUUUGGGGUAUAUAUAUUUUUAUGUACACAUUUUUAAAACUUGUGUUUUAUAUAUCAGGAAUGCACUGUCACCUAAAGUAAUUUGCAUUUAUUUCUGUGGGACAAUGUUAAUUUUAUUACAUUUGUUGUCCGUUUGUGACUUUUUGUUUGUUCUUAUUAAAAUGCAAAAUGUA